GACCUAUGUCAAGCAAGUCAAGCAAGUCUCAAUCUACGGCUUGACUUGAUUACUCAUAAAAACCUGGCCGACUUGACUUGGUGACUAACCGCAUUUGGAUCAAGUCAAGCAAGUCAAGCAAGCCGGACUUGCUUGUGGCCACCUCUGGCUGAGUUCGACCGGGACAUUUGCGAAGGCAACCUCCACCAGCAUUGCUUCGUACCAAACUACCUCAACCAAGACUACUGCCAUUAACACGAUGCCAGCAACGACUGCGACGAAGACCAAGCCGUAGGAACCAGCCAAGGCAGAACAUGCUACCGACUCGUUCCGUGGUAAAACGGACCUGACGACAUGAGCGAGGUACUUUCCGUACAUAGAUUACUUGGUGGCUUGAUGAAGCAUUGUUGAACUCGAGUCGGUGCAUCAGAGAAGAAUCUAUCUCAAUGUGAUGCCUUUGUUGGAUCUUCAAUACAGUAUCGAUCAGUAUCGAUGUGUACCCCUCCCGCUGAUUCGUAUUUUCCUGCUGUGACCUUACGACCUCCGAUGCUUGUAAUGAAACUCUUGCCAUCUAGGGCAUCUCGGCAUCACCAACCGCUGACCAAGCGUGUCGCCGGGGCAGAAGCUGCUCGACAUUCCUUGCAGGUGGCCGUGGCGAAGUCACGGGGAUGCUUGAAGCAUCACGACAAACAAGCCUACAAUCAUGAGAUGGUUAUGUAUGAGCGAGUGAACGACGACCGCCAGACUACCGAUAUAUCCAACCAUGCCAUCAGCUAUCUCUCCCAACCCACCGAGAACCAUCCUCAUCACCGGCGUCAGCAGAGGUACAUAUGCCACCACAUCCCCACGCAAGAGAAACGAAACAAAAGAGCCAACCCCCUAAUCGAAAACACCUCUCCAGGCAUCGGCAGGGGUCUCCUCUCGACCUAUCUCCUCCGCGCCAACCACACCCUAAUCGGGACAAUCCGCCCCUCGACCUCCACCGACCACAUCUCCACCCUGCACUCGCUCCCCCUCGGCCCGGGCUCCAAGCUGAUCCUCCUCUCCCUCGAUUCCGCCGAUCCAUCCGACCCCAGCAAGGCAAUCCAAGAACUGCAAUGCACGCACAACAUCACGCACCUGGACAUGGUGAUCGCGAACGCGGCGAUCGCGCCGGACCCCGCGCCCCUGGAGGUCAUCGCGCCGGGCGAUCUGACGGAUGCGUACCGGGUGAACGUCGUGGCGCCGGUGUUGUUGUAUCAGGCCAGCAAGCCGCUGCUUGAGAAUGCGCCGGGCCAGUCGCAGGCGAUGUGGGUGACGAUUUCCAGCGUCGCGGGGUCCGUCAGCAAGAUUGAGGAGUUCCCCGUGACGAGUCUACUGGCGUACAGCGCGAGCAAGGCGGCGGCGAAUUGGUUUACGGUAGCCGUGCACGCCGCCAACCCGAGCUGGAUCGCCACCGCCAUCCAACCCGGCUUCGUGGCGACGGACAUGGGAAUUGAGGGGUGUAAACGGCUCGGUCUCCCGCCUCCGCCGGAUAGCAUUGAGAAGAGUAUCGCGAAGACGGUCGCUUUUUUGGACCGAGCGACCCGGGAAAACGCGUCGGGGAAAUUAUACGAUGUGAUCGCGGAGGCGGAACUCCCCUUCUGAUUCCGAUCGGAGAGGGAGAGAGAAGAAUGAUCUCGGGGAGGGACGUGGGCCGGGGCGGGAAUGAAAGACACAAAAGGCCCGUCUGAUGAACCCCCCUUUUUAAGAAACCGGAAGCGAAGGUGAAGAAUCUUCGUCUUUCUUUUUUCUUUCUCUCCCACUUUCUAUCCCUUCCCAAAUAAAGAAAUCCUUCAAGAAAGAAAGAAAGAAUACAAGUUUUCCCGCUCCCCAUUUCCAUCAUGCAAAAAAGAGAAGUAGAAAACAACCACGAAAUCAUCCCUCCAACCUCCACUUCCGCAACGGCAGUCCCUGCAACCUCAGCGCCGCAGGUUUGAU